AUGAAGGAUCUUGCUGGGUCUGCUCCGGGAAAGCCGGUUCUGCCGUCGCUAUGGACUGAAAAUCUCACCAUCGCGUUUCUCAAUCGCCUCCCCAAUCGCUACCACGUCAGCAGAAGACGUCCUCGUUCCAAGUCAAAGACCAUCACCCCUGGGGCCGAGGACAUCACCACCCUCCAUACCUCCUUCAAUUUCUGGGACGGCCUACGGGAUCUGCAAAAGCACAAGUGGAAGCAGUCAGACCUGCAAUAUGUCUUCCUCCUGGCCCUGACCCUCUUCUCCCUGUGGAUAGCGCCACCUGCUCCUGCCCUCAAAUUCUUCGCUUUGCUUGCCGCUUCUUGGAUAUUGCUCAUGCCGGCCACCCGGCAAUUUUUUCUGCCCUCUGUGACGAUAUGGGUCUGGCUCGUCUAUUUCUUCUGCAGCCGCUUCAUUCCUUACGAUUACCGGCCCCAUAUUUGGGUUCGUGUCCUACCAGCUUUGGAGAACGUCCUGUAUGGAGCCAACCUCUCCAAUAUCCUCUCCGCCCAUAAGCAUGCCGUCCUGGACAUCCUUGCAUGGCUCCCUUACGGCAUCAUUCACUUUGGGGCUCCUGCCAUUUGCGCCCUGCUCCUGUUCAUAUUCGCAGCUCCCGGAACAGCCCCUGUUUUCGCGCGCACGUUUGGUUGGAUGAGCAUCCUCGGCGUCACCAUUCAGCUUGUUUUCCCCUGCACGCCGCCGUGGUACGAAAACCAACAUGGGCUGGUCCCAGCCGCCUACGGCAUGAAGGGCUCUCCUGCUGGCCUGGAGGCGAUUGACAAGAUCUUCGGCAUCGACCUCUACACUACCAACUUUUCCUCGGCCCCGCUGCCGUUUGGCGCAUUCCCUUCCUUGCACGGAGGAUACGCGGUGCUCGAGGCUCUUUUCAUGAGCCACUGCUUCCCCCAGUUCCGAAUGUUCUUCAUUGGCUACGUCGGCUGGAUUUGGUGGGCAACCAUGUACCUCAGCCAUCACUAUGCUAUUGAUCUCGUUGGUGGCGGUCUGAUUGCCGCUGGCUUCUUCUACUCGGCCCGCGCGCGCUACUUGCCCCAGCGCCAGGCCGACAAGAUUACGCGCUGGGAGUACGAAUACGUUGAAGUUGGCGAUCGCCACCGAGUUGCCGACGAAGAGUACGGGGACCAAUACUUUAGUCUUGGCCUACUGGACCAUCGCCGAGAAAACUCCAGCGACGGUUGGACGCUCGGGAGCAGUUCCAGCUGCAGCUCAAGUAGCGGCACCCUCAGCCCGACCAUUUCGGACGACACAGUCCCAGGCAUGAUGAUCAUGGACAUGUCAAGUAACGGCCAUUUAUGGGAUGGAAGCGCUCCUCCUCGAGACGUGGAGCUGAGCGAAGUAGUGGUUGUCCGCCAACCACCAAACUGA